AUGUAUUUUAAAUUGUUAGUUUCUGUUGCAGUUACUUUGGUUUCUUUGAGCUUUGGUAGUCCAAUCACUACAUGUUCGCUACCAAGUGAUGCUGACAUUGUUCCUGUUGGUGCUAAUGGAUGGGCAAUGAGUCCAGAUGAGCCAUGCAUUCCAGGUAAAUACUGUCCUUAUGCUUGCCCACCAGGUAAGGUUAUGAAUCAAUGGGAUCAAGAAGCUACAUCGUAUGCCUUUCCUAAAUCAAUGAAUGGUGGAUUAUAUUGUAAUGAUGAUGGUUCAGUUUCGGUUCCUUUUGAUGGUGAAUCAUUAUGUGUUGAUGGUGAAGGAACAGUUACAGUUCUGAAUAAAGCUGGAGGUAAUGUUGCCUUUUGUCAAACUGUGUUACCAGGUAAUGAAGCCAUGUUGAUUCCUAAUGAUAUUAAGGGUGGUUCAGAACAAACCUUGGCUGUUCCUGGUCCUAAUUAUUGGGCUGGAACUGCUGCUCAUUAUUAUAUCAAUCCUCCAGGUGUGUCUUCAUCUGAAGCUUGUGUUUGGGGUAGUUCUGAUAAAGCAAUCGGAAACUGGUCACCAUAUAUUGCUGGUAUGAAUAAAGAUUCGAGUGGAAGUACUUUCAUUACUAUUGGCUAUAAUCCAAAGUAUAUUGAUGAUUUCAACGGACAACUUCCCGACUUUGGAAUUAGAAUUGUUUGUGAUAACCCAGACCAAUGUAAUGGAUUGGAUUGUGAAAUUAAUCCAAAGAAUGGUUUUGGAAAAGCAGAAGGACCAUCUUCUGGAAAUUCACUUGGUGCUGACUACUGUAUUGUUACUGCCAUGAACAAUGCUAAAGCUAGAAUAGAAGUGUUUUGA